AUGGUUUUCUACGCGCCUUGUGGUGUUCUCCUACAUUCAGUAAUCUGGCUUGUCAGUUCAAUCUGGGCACUGGAAGAGUGGUCUGUGUACCGACAGACUGUCAGAACGAACGACACAGAAGGGUGGCACCGUCGGUUGAGGUUGAAGGCAGCCGACCACAAGUGCUCUUUCUAUGUGUUGGUACCUCUCCUGCGGCGCGAGGCCGAGUACCUGCCAGUUCAGGCCCAGCUGGUGCGAGAGGGAACCGGGCGGGUCCGACGCAACGUCUAUGUAAAUCUUGACGAGCAGCUUGGCCAGCUAUGGGAAGAAUACGACCAGCGGGAACUGACCACCGAGAAUUUCCUCACCAAGAUCGGGGAGACGUAUGCCUUCUGA